AUGGCAGAGUCGGUCGUAGCUUCUCCGUGUCCGCAGGUGGACGGUCAGGUGACCCGCGUGCACCGUAAGCCUGGAAACCGGCGUCACAUCGUGUUAAACAUUCUGGUGGCGGUGGUAGUUUUUACCGUUACUAUAGCAGCGGCCUUCAUUUGUGCCAACCCUCCAGUGGAUGGAGAUGGUGUGUUUCGCUGGCAGACUGAGGGAGAUGCUUUCCAGCAGGAGCUGACCUAUAGGAACAGGACACUGGUCAUUCAGAAAGAGGGUAUUUACUUCAUCUACUCUAAGAUCUACUACAAUGAAUCCCCCUGUGGCCUCUUCAAACAUGAGGUUGUGCGUCAGACCACACAGUUUCCCACCCUUAAGACCCUCCUGUCCCCACGAUACAACGACCCCAUGACCCUCAUGCAGAACAUAAGAUACCGCUGCCUGAACACCCAGAGGAGCGACCGGACUGAUCGUAAGGAGACAGGGAACAGUUUUUUGAGUGGGGCAUUUGAGCUGAAAACUGGUGAUCUUAUCUAUGUUAAAGUGAACAAUAAAUCUCUGGUAUUGUCUGGAAUGCACGACAACUUCUUUGGUGCAUUCAUGAUCUAG